UUACAUCACUGUGGGAUGUAAACAAACAAACAAGACGUCAUUUGGCGGCAAUCGCGAAUCGGUGCGUUGUGUGUGUGAUUGUGUGAGUGUUUAUUUUUUCGUUCUUUCAUCUUCUUCUCCAAGCACGAAGGCCAAUUCUGACGAGGAGACAAUUACAAGUGCGCUUCAUCCAUUUGAAAGCAUUAGAUAAGAUCAAGUACGUGUUUCGUGGCAGCAGCUCCGGCAGCAGCAGCAGCAGCAAUCGCAUCAGGAGUGAAUGGCAUCGAAUGCGGCACUGGGGAAGCUGAUUCUGGCCGCUACAUUUAGCGCGUUUCUCUACUACGUGCUGUGGGUUGCUGUACUGCCGUUCAUCGUGAUCGACGCCAGGGAUGGUAAGCGGGGGCUUCUGUUCUGUUUACAGCACAGAAUCGAUCGCAGGGAACGGAAAAAACAACCACCACAGGCGUGUGUUGAGCAUGUGCUUGUGUGUGCGAGUCACAAAACAGCUUCACGCAAUUGAUGGACAAUAGAGGAGUCUCCAUCUCCCUCCACCUCUCCCCGGCCCGUGCGUGAUGGCACCAACAUCAAUCUAAUGGAUUGCGCGAGCAACGGAAGCAAAAAAACAUUGCUCACCAAUAACCUUGAGCCGGGUCGGUUCGGUCGCGCUUUACAUGUUGACCCUCAUGGCGCGCGCGAGCUCUCUCAAGCAUUACGCGUUCCGUACGAGGCGACGGUUCGCUAGCACACGGUUCUAAUUGGUUCUAUUGCAUUGCGGUUGCGUUUCGUAGCGCCCGUGGUCUUAAAUUGUGUCGUGCACGAGCGCCUGAUUCUGAUUCAAUUGAUCUUCAUUUGCAGAAAGUUGGAUCUAUGCGCUGUUUCCACCGAUGAAGUUUGCAUUCCUCGUGCCGGCACUGUUCGGUGUGGUGCUGCUCGGCGGACUGUCGGCCUUUUCGCUGUACCAUUUGCGGGACCAUCUCGGAGCGCGAUUUAUCCGACCACAGUAACGCACAGGUAAGCGAGCGGGUGUGUGUGUGUGUGUGAAAGCGAACGUUUUCGUUAAUCUGUUGCUCAAAUCUUCAAACCAAACACGACAAACGCUCUUUGCACAAAGAUGUCAUAACAAACAGCAAUGAGCGGUUUAGAGCAGGCACUAGACAAGAUAAGAAAUUCACUUUAAAGGUUUACGUUAGAGCCCCCCUCACGCUCGUCGUGCUGCACACGAGAAAAUGAUUAUAAACCAUAAUCAUAUUCUCGUGCAGCGGUUCGUGUUGAUCACGCGUUACCAACCCAUACCGCGGACGACGGCCCGCCGUUCUUAUCGCCCUGUUUUAAAUGAUUUACCCUCGGCAAAGGUACGCUGUAGUACGGUUGCUCAGUGUUUCCACUACCCUAGUACUAGGUCGAUCGUGCAUUUUGUUGUACACAGUGAAAAGUGUUGUAAAACCAUUUCCCUUGUUACCCCGCCCGUAGCGACCGUGCCACACCAUGGAGACGUGGCUCGUCAUCGGCAUAUCCGGGGUGACGAACGGCGGCAAGACGACGCUGGCCAAAUCGCUCGAAGCAUACUUUACCGCCCACCUGCACAAAACCUUCUUCAAGGAAAAUCUCAUCCUCAACAAGGUGGUUGCGCUGUGCCAGGACGAUUACUUCCUGCCGGUCGACAGCCCCCGGCACGAGAUGGUGAAGAAGCUCAACCACAUCAACUGGGAGAUUCUCGGCUCGCUCGAUAUGGACCGCAUGUGCCAGGACAUUAUGCAGGUGCUGGGGCAAAAGUUCAUCCUGUACAACUGCCACCAGCUGCGGCGCGCUCGCAGCGACGAGGACAGCGAGAUGGGCGAGCGGGUCGAAUCGAUGGACGAGUUCAAUCUGUUCGCCGACCACUUCCUGAGCAACUUUCUGGCAAAGUACGAUGAAAACGGGACCGGCAGCAGGACGACAAACUUGAUCAAAAAGUCCAAAAACGAAUCGUACCAAAGCAUGAACAUCAAGAUCAACGUGCUGCUGCUGGAGGGCUUUCUGCUGUUCAAUCACUCGUUUACGCGCGAUCUGUGCAGCAUCAAGUUUCACAUCCAUCUGCCGUACGAGCGGUGCUACGCCCGGCGGGUGCAGCGCGUGUACGAUCCGCCGGACGUGGUCGGCUACUUCGAGAUGUGCGUGUGGCCACUGUACGAGAAGCACUAUCGGGAGUUUAAGGGCCGGAAGGACAUCUACGUGCUGAAUGGGGAGAUAGCGCCGGACAGCAUUUUCAACUAUGUGUUAAACAGCAUCAAAGACUUACUGUAGUAGCUGUGGGUAGAGAGUAUAAGUUGGUUGCUCAUAACCAGCAGCAGCAGCAGGUAGAACAGUUGUCGAACAAUUCCAGAGACGGGUUUCAAGAGUUCCUUAACCCCUGUAAGCAGCGACUAGGGUGUAAGCUAUAGAAAUAUAUAUACCAAGAGAGCGAGAACGGUCUCGUAUGGACAUACGCGUUUAAGCCGUGUUCAAAAAGCACGACACCGCGGUACAGUGUAACAACACA